AAAGGUGAAUGAAUCACGUGAUCAGCCUCAUCCGCUUUACCGGGAAGGCCCCGCCUAAUUUAUGCAGCAUCACGGCGCCGCUGAUUCAUUCUUCAUUAUUAUUCGCAUCUGCAUUCGCAGUCAUUUUAUAUCGUACGUCGUCACAAACUACGAUUCGUUUUUUGACGACGUGCAAAAGGCACUCUUGCUAUGUGAAGCGUAGCCUGCGACUCCAUUUACUGGAUGACAAACACCACACUCGCUCAGCUUUGCUAAGACAAACUCCAGACGCUUCAACAUCGCAACAACAACCGCAAUAAUCGCCAUGUCGUCGCCCAAGCCAUCCGCAGGCCUAGAGGAGCCUGCAGCUCAGUCGCCAAAGCCAGAGUCGCCAAAGCGCGACGGCGCAACCGAACCGGUGGAGCAGAGUUCUGAUCGCGAAGAUGGAGAGGCUUCUGAAUCUCCCAAGGAACCCAACAACGCUGCCUAUGAUAAGGAUGGGCCUCCUUUACCAAACGAACCGACACCAGAUGGACCACCUUUGCCAAGCGAACCUGUACCUGGUGGCCCUCCGUUGCCCAACGAGCCUGCGCCGCAACAAGAGGAUGAUGGCUGGGAUUGUCAGUGGGACCUCAACACGCAGGCUUGGUUCUUCGUGAAUCGCUUCACUGGCAAGUCUCAGUGGGAUAACCCUCGCGUUGCCACAAGCGCUCCUGUCCCCGCUGCCCCGGGCACAACCCCAGGUGUUCCUCAACCCCCAGCUUUAGAGAAACCUGUCGCUGGAGGCUACAACCCGGCAAUCCAUGGCGACUACGAUCCCAACGCUUGGUAUGCAAAAAGUACUCAAGAAGAAGACCAAGUUGCGACCACAAGCGCCGGCAUCACCGACGCUGCAGAGAUAUACGCCGCAACAGCAACCUUCAACCGCUUCACAGGCCAGUUCCAAACAGCUGGCCAAGGACCCGAGCGUCAUAGUGAUGAAGCCAAGUCCAAGCGCCAGAUGAACGCCUUCUUUGACGUUGAAGCCGCAGCCAAUGCCCAUGACGGUCGCAGCUUGAAGGCAGAGCGUUCAGGGAAGAAGCCUUCCAAGGCUGAGCUGAAACAGUUCAAAGAGAAGCGACGGGCUCGUAAGGAGGAAAAGCGUCGCGCUUGGCUCAGGGACUGAGACUAGCUGAACUUUUUCCAUUUUCAUAUACUAGGUGGCAUCAUUGCUCGAAGGCGUUCUUAUGGUAGGGAGGAGUUGGUGGAUCGUUUCUGGAUUUGGUUGAAGAGACGACGGCCGCUUUGGAUGUAGACAUGCUGUCGUGCAUGGAAAGAAGGUCGGUGAAGGCUAGAAGGCUAGGGACUGGUUAUAUAUAUUUUAUACCCCA